AUGGCUCCAUCUAAAAAUGUUAAAGAGCUUCUUGAUCAAUUGAUCUUGGAGGAGAAAGUCUCUCUCGUAUCCGGAGCAGAUGGCUGGCAAACCCACGAAAUCCCACGCUUGGGAAUAGGCUCUCUGAAGACAACCGAUGGCCCAGCUGGUGCGCGCGGGAAACUGUCAGUUGGAGGAUCAAAAGCAAUAUUUCUCCCGGCGCCAGUAGCCCAGGCUGCGACGUGGUCGAAAACCGACGUCCGAGCGAUCGGUCGCGUCCUGAUGAUGGAGGUACAAUCUAAAGCAGCCCAGAUUGUGUUGGCACCCACAAUGUGUUGUAUUCGCAAUCCACUCGGUGGCCGCAAUUUCGAGUCUUUUUCCGAAGAUCCGUUUCUCAGUGGCACACUGGCGAUCGAAUACGUCGCUGGAGUACAGGAAACGGGGACGGUCGCGGCCACGGCGAAGCAUUUCGUGGCAAAUGAGCAAGAAUUCGAGCGGUUCACGGUUAAUGCUCAAAUCAGCGAAAAAGCCCUCCGCGAAAUCUAUCUCCGCCCAUUUGAAAUGCUGAUCAAAGGACCUAAUCCACCGGGGUGUAUAAUGACAUCCUACAACUCAAUCAAUGGGUUGCACGCAGACAUGAAUUCGAAAAUCAUCCAGCACACAUUAAGAGAUGAGUGGCAGUAUAAAGGCCUCGUUAUGAGCGAUUGGGGUGGCACAAAUUCUACGGCAGAGAGUCUGAUCGCAGGCUGUGAUCUAGAAAUGCCGGGUCCUUCAGAGCGAAGGGGAAGUAAAUUGCUGGAGGCCCUCGAGAAAGACAAUAGUGGGAAAUUGGAAGCAGCUCUGGAGCUCUCCUGCGAACGGAUUAUCUCCUUGCUGGGGACGAUGAACCUUUUAGGGCUUUCCGAGUCAGCUGCCGUGGAAAGCAGAUAUGGAGAGGAAAAGUCCUCCACCGCCUCUACUGACAUCCAGACUGUACGCGAUGUAGUCGGCAACGGCCUCGUGCUUUUAAAGAAUUCAAACAAUAUCUUACCCCUUUCCUCGGAGAAGGUCGCAGGCAAAAGAGUUGCCUUCAUAGGCCCGAACGGGCAGGUCGGUGCAGCGGGUGGUGGCGGCUCAGCAAGUAUGAAUCCCCAGUACCAGAGUCACCCCAUGGAGGCUUUUAAGCAGCGUGCUGUCGAGCUUGGGGUUGACAUUGACGUGCAAUAUGCAAUCGGCUGCCAUAAUUACAGAUGGCUUCCUCUCGUGUCAAAAUCCCAAUGGCGUGUUGGCGGGGAAGACGGGGUUUUAAGGUUGGACUUUUUUGAUGCUCCUGGGUGUGCAGGGCGUCUGAUUGAAACUCAAUAUCGCGACAAUUCGCAAAUGGAUCUCUUUGAUACGGCACCUGCAAUGCUUCAAGGCAGUAUCCGACCAUACUCCUUCCGGAUGUCCUCGACUGUGACCCCUCGCACUACGGGCAGACACUCGUUUGGGGUCACAAGCAUCGGGAAUUCGCGCCUGUUCAUCAACGGGGCACUUUUGAUUGACAACUAUGACUGGACAGAGCCGGGAGAAAUGUUCUAUUCCUUCGGAAGCGCGGAGGUAUGCCAUUCCAUAGACAUGGUGGCCAAUCAAACGUAUGAGGUCAUUCUUGAGUCGUCAUCCAAGACGACAAAUGAUCCAUCCCCGGAAGAGUCUUCCACAAAUGUUUUUGGAAUUCAGCCGUCUGUCAGACUCGGAUUUCUCGAGGAAGUGCCAGAUAAUUUGGUUUCUGAUGCCUUGCAGCUGGCCAAGAGAAGCGACUUCACUGUCGCCGUUAUCGGACUGAACGAGGAAUGGGAAAGUGAAGGUUUUGAUCGGCAAACGAUGCAGCUACCAGGAUCACAGAACGAGCUAAUUCAGACCCUUCUGACUGGGAUGACACAACCCUCUAGCCUGAUAAUUGUCAACCAAUCCGGCUCGCCCGUGGAAAUGCCGUGGAGCGAUGAUGCCGGAACGAUUCUCCAGGCUUGGUAUGGCGGUCAAGAGGCUGGCAAUGCGCUUGCGGAUGUUCUAUUGGGGCAAAAGAGCCCUUGCGGACGACUCCCCAUGACUUGGCCCCGGAGAUACGAGGAUCUCCCAUUCUCCGCUGACGCAGAAUCCUGGCCGGGCGUGAACGGCCAGGUGUGUUACAAGGAAGACGUUGAGGUGGGCUAUCGCUGGUAUCCCAGUCAUCGGGUUAAGCCGCAAUGGUGGUUGGGAGAGGGGCUUAGUUACACGACAUUUUCAAUGAAGGGCCCCGCAAUCAUUCUUCAUGAGGCAGGUCUUACGUUUCAUGUCGAGGUCGUAAACGACGGCCGAAUUGCUGGGCAGGAUGUCAUUCAAGCAUACUCCUGGUUGUUGGGUCGCCCCGAGGCAAGACAGCUAGUAGCUUUCGAAAAAUCAUCGGUAUUAAGCCCAGCCGAGAGUCAGACUAUACGACUUCAGAUUACAUUCAGAGACAUGGCGCAUUGGAACGAGAGCUGUUGGGUGUUGGGAAAAGGGGCAUACAUGAUAGGCAUUUGCGAAAACGCCGGUGGUGCGGUCCGCGUGUCCCAUGAAUUCACUAUUGACGAAGACAUGAAAUGGAUCCCUUGA